AUGGUUAUCAACGCUACCUACCUUGCCCAGCGCACGCGCUCAUCGGUCAACUGGACUGAUGCGAAGAAGAGGGUCAUCCACAGCUACCGAGACUGGCUGCGAUCGGCUCCCGAGAUCCAGACUAUGUACUCUCUGAACCUCCCCGUCUCCACACUCCGGACGAAGAUGCGGCAAGAGUUCGAGCGGCAUCGAUACGUGAAUCAGAUGAAGACGGUAGAUGUUCUGCUGUUCAACAGUCACCAGGAGUACCAAGAGACACUCAACUUCUGGAAGCAGCUUUCGCACGUUCUCAAGUACUUCCGUGCCGAAGAAGACCCCAAGGCGAGGUUGCCAGCCAACUUCAUCAACGGCUUCUUGGAGGGCCGUAACUGA